UCCAACAGUGUAGAUCGCCACUGCUAGAGAAAACACAUCUACAAACCAGACCACUGCUGUUCACCGUGAUGGAUUCUUUACUGAAAGGCAAGCUUGAGAAGUUGGAAUGCCACUUCACCUGGGAUCUGGGGCAACAUCAAAAUGAGCUCCAGGGGAUAAAGAGAAAAAUGGACCAUGCUGACCUGCAAAAAAUCACUUUUCCAGUCCACUUUUACAACCUGCUGGGCUUCAUCCAAAAGAGUCUUGGCUCAGGCAGAGAGGCGCUGGAGUCCCUACAGAAAGCAAAAAGUGUGAUCCAGGAGCAGGGAACAGAAGAGACUGCAGUCCGGCUGCAGGUCAACAAAGCUAACCUUGCUUGGGUCCACUUCCAUUUGGGAGAGCUGGAGAAGAGCAGAGGAUACCUAGAAGAGCUGGAGGAUCUUCAGAGAAUUCAUCCUGCUCCACCUGGAUGCCCUUUACACCCUGAAGUGAGUGGAGAAAAGGGCUGGGCGCUGGCGAAGUUUAACAUGUCCAAGAAGCGCCAGGCCAUUGAUAACUUUAAGAUGGCUUUAGAAGCUGAACCUGAAAGGAAGGAAUGGCACAAAGGUCUUGCCGCAGCCAUGAAUAGGGCCUUUAUUUAUACUGAACUCACUCCAGAGCUGAAGGCUGAGAUUCUAGAGAAGGUGAAAAAGGCAGCAGAGAUGGACCCAAAUGAUCUGUUCCUUCAAUCUCUCUAUGUCUUAAAAAAGUCUGAGGUUCAGGGAGAAAAUGUUGAUGAGGAGAUUCAGAGUUUGCUGGAGAAAUUCAUUAGCACUGCUAACUUGGUUGGUCUGCCUCUCAUUAUUGAAUAUUUUAAGGGUAUUUCUUAUGGGAGAGCAAUUGAAGUGGUACAGAGGUUUCAGGAAAUAUUUCCCAGUUCUUCGACACUUUUGAGAAUUCUUGCAAAUUUAUAUAAAUGGAAAGUGUUCUCCAUGAAGGAGGACAGCAUGGAAAGGCAGAUUUGGGUUCAGAAAUCCAUUGAGCUAUAUGAAGAGGUUGUCGUACAUUACCCAGAUUGCGUGAAAGGAAGGUUAGACCUCGCAUCACUGUACUGUUACGCACACAACACCAAAAAAGCAGAGGAGAUUUACCAGCAGCUCCUGUCAGAGGACAAUACUCUCCCUCCUCACACCAAACAGUUGUUGUACUAUAGUUACGCCUGUUAUUUACAUCAUACUAGACAGUUUAGAGACAAAUCAAUCAACUUCCACAUGAAAGCAGCAGAAAUCCAAAACAAUUCAUAUUACAAAGACAAAAGCAUUAUGAUUCUUCAAAAAACAGUGCAGAAUGGCAAUAACUCUCGAUGUGGGGAGAUUGAAAGAUUUCUGAAGAAUGUUCUCAAAGAGGAGUAAAAGCUGCAAACCAAUGUCUAAACAUAAUGUCUCUACAGUUGUAAUUUAAGUGUAAAUCUGCAAAUACAAAGACUGAAUUUGAAUUCUUUAGAUGAAUAAAUUGUUCCUCACACAUCCAAAACAAAAAAGUUUCAAAGAGCUUCUCACUAAAUUCAAAAAAUGAUUUAUGCUGCUUGUUCAAACUACUUGUUUAUUUUGGGUGGAGAGCUUAAUUGUUUUAUGUUCAAUCUUCAUAAAUUAGUAAAAAUGAUGAAGUUAACUUAAAAGAUUUGUGUCGGGACAACAUUAAGGAAUUUUGUGGAAUUGUGUGGCAUUUUUUACAGUAUAAAAUGUUAUGUGGGGAAUCAAAAAACUUCUUUAUGUCAUCACUGUUAAAACCCUUUUGUACCUUUAUUGAGAAGCUGGUAAUUGUUUGUGUAUUGUGAAAGCAAAAUAAAAUAUGACUUCUCAAUUUAUGAUUU